AACACAUUCGCUGUCAGCCCAGAGAAUGACAAAAAAUUGAUACUGCUAUUCUUACUGCUCUCUCCCUCCCUCUCCAGACAGACCCCGAUUGGCGGGAAGCGGUAUGGGACUCCAAGAACUCUGCUCCCAAGUCGGUAGAGAAUGAGCUCUCCUCAGCCGAACCACCCAUGCUGCCUCAACCCCCUCCUACACAGCCCCAAUAGUUCUUGCGCCCUCCUAGGAAACCUGUUAUACACCCAAACGGUCAAUUACACCUUUAUUUCACAGCAAACCUGUAUUUCUUCAUUGCCUCUUUUAUUUUCCUCUCUGAUUUACAUUCCCCCUUCCUCGCUACCUCACUAUUCUUAUCCCAUAUGUAAUUACCGAGUCUAUGAUUGCUAGAGGCAAGACCUCUCUUGAUUUACAUGUAGAUAGGCCUUGAUGAAGAGAGUUAGUGCGCUAUUUUCUGCUUAUCCACUUUUUGUUUUCUCUUUUUUUCCCACUUUUUUUCCCCCCCUCCAGCCCCUCCCCCAUUGCUAUCUUAUGGGGGACUGCAAUCUGGUGAUCUGGAGUCGAUGUGAACAAAAACAUUACUACUCCAGGUUUGAUACCCAAACCAGAGCCCAUACUGGAGCGUGAAUGGUAAUUAACCCAUGGAGUCCUCUGGUGGAAUGUGGUGCAUGAUCUCUACGUUUUUGUUUUCUUUCUUUUUGUUCUUCUCGUCAAUUUCCAUUUUUUCCAUUUCAUCUCACACAUUAGGAAUAGAGUAUGAUGCAAUGCUGUUUAUUCCUUGCCCUGGCUUGAAGACCAACCCCCCUCCCUCCUUCUCCACAUUAGUUAUGUUUCUUUCUGCUCAGAACAACCUAUGA